AUGGACCCCUCAGCCUCACAGACCACCAACCCCCCCGUCACCCAGAUCCGCCUCCUCACCCUCAACUGCUGGGGCCUCGUCUACAUCUCCGCCCUCCGCACCCCUCGCCUCGCGGAAAUCGGCCGCCAGCUCGCCCUCCUCGACCCUCCCCCGGACAUCGUCUGCCUCCAGGAGUGCUGGGCCCAGGCCGACUACCGCGCCAUCCGCGAGGCCACCGCUGCCGUCCUGCCCCAUGGCAAGUUCUACCACAGCGGCGCCUUUGGCGGCGGCUUGGCCCUGCUGAGCCGCUGGCCCAUCGAGGCGAGCUCAAUGUUUCGCUAUCCGCUCAAUGGCCGGCCGACGGCGUUCUGGAGAGGCGAUUGGUACGUCGGCAAGGGCGUGGCGUGUGCCAGUGUGCGAUUUGGGCCGGGCCAGAAUGAUGUAAUUGAGGUCUUCAACACUCAUACUCAUGCCCCUUAUGAGAGGCCCCCCAAUGACACCUAUCUCUGCCAUCGCACAGCCCAGGCAUGGGAAAUCUCAAAGCUCCUCCGCGCCGCCUCCCUCUCGGGCCGCCUCGUCGUCGCCCUGGGCGACUUCAACAUGACGCCUCGCUCGCUCACCCACCGCAUCAUCACCGCCCGCACUCCCCUCCGCGACACAUGGCGCGUCCUCCAUCCCGAGAGCUCACUGGGCACCGCCAAUGACCCCGUGGAAAAGGCGAGAGGCCUCCCCAUCCCUACCGCCCACUUCAAUCUCAAGGUCAACGGGUCGACCAGCGACGGCGUCUACAACACCUGGCGCUGGACAAAGGCUGCCCGCGAGAAGCUCAAGACGGACCCCUGCCCCGUCGACCCCGACAGCCCAGACCCGCGCGGCAAACGCCUCGACUACGUCUUUGCCUCCACCGGUCCCUUCCCUCCCGAUGCUCGCAACCCCAGCGCGCCACCCCGAGGCUGGGUCGUCCACUCGGCCUCCGUCGAGAUGACCCAGCGCCAUCCCCAGCUCAACGUCUCCCUAUCCGACCACUUCGCAGCCAUGGCCACCCUCAGAUUCCACGAGAUAUCACCAUCCUCCCCCAACUCCGUCCUGGACGCCCAGCUCCUCCCACCGCCAGACAACGACCCCGAAAGCGCCAGCCUCUCCCUCUCCGACUACGACGAGAUCCUCGCCAUGACGCACCAGUACAUGGCCCGCGAGAUUCGUCAGCGUUAUUGGCGCGGCAUCCACUUCUACGCCUCCGUCCUCGUCUGGGUAGGCUGCCUCGUCGCCGUGUGGUUCAGCCCCCGCAACUUCGUCGCCUUCAUCCUCAUGCUCGUCGCGAGCUUGGGCCUCACCACCGGCGUCGUCGACGGCUUGCUUGCCCUGCUCUUCUUCUGGUCAGAGAUUCGAGCUCUGAGGGAGUUUGAGUGGGAGAUUCAGACUGCCAGGGCACUUGCUUUGUCAGAGCACAUCGGUUCCCAAGAUCCAGCUACGAAAACAGAUUGA